AUGGAGUCUCUUGAAGGAUUCCUAAUGGCACGACCCUCCAGAAAGAUUACAUUCUUCACAACCUAUAUUCCAAAUUUCCAAGGGUUGAGCCGGUGGGAUGGUCUUUGGGUUGACUCAAAUAUGGGUGCUGGAGUGAUCAUUGGUGUGGUUGACAGUGGCAUCACCCCUCGCCAUGCUUCUUUCAUGGAUGAUAGCUCAAUGCCACCUCCGCCAACCAAAUGGAAAGGCACUUGUGGUUUUAGCAAUAAAACAUUUUGCAACAACAAGCUUAUUGGUGCUAUUUCAUUUGAUGACCCACAUGCCGAUCCUAACGACCACAAAGGGCACGGAACACAUGUUGCAGGAAUUGCUGCUGGGAACUUUGUAGCUAAUGCAAGUGUUCUUGGACUUGCAAAGGGCACUGCAUCUGGUGUUGCACCUAAAGCUCAUUUAGCAAUAUAUUCUUGGGGACAUACUUUGGCUGCUAUAGCGGCAGCCAUAGACAGAGCCAUUCAAGAUGGAGUGGAUAUUCUUUCACUUUCUCUUGGCCAUGGAACCCAUCUAUUCGCUGAUGAUGAUUUCGCAAUUGCUACAUUUGGUGCCGUUAAGAAAAAUAUAUUUGUCAGUAUAGCAACAGGAAACUCAGGUCCAUUUCGGGAAACGGUAGAAAAUGGGGCACCGUGGCAAUUGACAGUUGGAGCAAGCAACCAUGACAGGAGAAUAGUUGCUACUGUGAGACUUGGAAAUGGUGUCGAACUUGAAGGGCAAUCUAGAUACCAACCAAGCACUUCCCAUACUACCACAAGGGUCCCUUGUCUUCCCAGGGCUCGAAGGUCACAAUGGCACUUUAGGUUGCAAGCCAAACUCUUUUGA